GGUGGGGGGGUAGAAAGGACCUGAAUUUUUUUUGUCCUUAAAUGUUUUUCUGCAAACUUCACGGAGAGUGGUCUUCUCCUCAACACCAAGCCUGGACUAAUGGAUUACCACCUGCUUGGAUUAAUUUUAGCUUUUCUCAUCGGUGAUACAAAGGUCUUAGCUGGUUACCCCAUUUGGUGGUCCCUUGCAUUAGGCCAGCAGUACACCUCACUGGGGUCCCAGCCGAUCCUGUGUGGUUCCAUCCCUGGCUUAGUGCCCAAGCAGCUUCGCUUCUGCCGUAACUACAUUGAGAUCAUGCCCAGCGUGGCUGAGGGCGUGAAGCUGGGAAUCCAGGAGUGCCAACACCAGUUCCGAGGCCGGCGUUGGAACUGCACUACCAUCGAUGACAGCUUGGCCAUUUUUGGGCCUGUUCUAGAUAAAGCCACACGAGAAUCUGCCUUUGUCCACGCCAUCGCCUCAGCGGGUGUGGCCUUUGCUGUCACACGCUCCUGUGCGGAGGGCACGUCAACCAUCUGCGGCUGUGAUUCACACCACAAGGGCCCACCAGGGGAAGGAUGGAAAUGGGGAGGUUGCAGCGAGGAUGCCGACUUCGGUGUGUUGGUUUCACGGGAGUUUGCAGAUGCCCGAGAGAACCGCCCAGAUGCUCGCUCGGCCAUGAACAGGCACAAUAACGAAGCUGGAAGAACAACUAUCUUGGACCACAUGCACUUGAAAUGCAAGUGCCAUGGCCUCUCAGGCAGCUGCGAAGUUAAAACGUGCUGGUGGGCCCAGCCAGAUUUCCGGGCCAUUGGUGACUACCUGAAGGACAAGUACGACAGCGCUUCAGAGAUGGUGGUAGAGAAACAUCGGGAAUCCCGCGGGUGGGUGGAGACGCUGCGAGCCAAGUAUGCCCUCUUCAAGCCACCAACAGAGCGCGACCUGGUCUACUACGAGAACUCUCCCAACUUCUGUGAGCCCAACCCCGAGACUGGCUCAUUUGGCACCAGGGACAGAACGUGCAACGUGACUUCGCAUGGAAUUGAUGGGUGCGACUUACUCUGCUGUGGCCGUGGCCACAACACCAGGACGGAGAAGAGGAAGGAGAAGUGCCACUGCAUCUUCCACUGGUGCUGUUAUGUCAGCUGCCAGGAAUGUAUCCGGGUUUAUGACGUCCACACCUGCAAAUAAGAAGUAGAACUGGAGAAUAAGAGACACAAACUGCCAGGAAGCACCACAGCUUAGCUCCCACCUUUCUCCUGCCACCUGAAAAUGGAGCAAACAGAAAACCAUCCCCAAAUCGAGGCAGACAAUGGUGGCAGAAGAAUCCAUCUGGAAUUGUACCCAGCAACCAAGAGACUUCUUUGGAAUCUCUACCAGUCUUGAGUGAACAUCUUCCUUGACUUCAGGCCACAGUUCCAAGGUGGUCCUCCCAAUCUUUGGUGGGGUGUUUUGAUUUUGCACAUAUAAAAUACAGACACAGGAGUUUUGGAUUUUGGGCCCCCAGAUGUGGUUGGAACUACAACUCUUAUCAACCUUCAGCCAUUGUGGCUAGGGAUGACGGAAGCUGUAGUUCAAGAUCUGGGCACCUAAGAUUGGGAAGCCCUGUGUGUCAUAUAGAUUAAAAUAAAACCCAGAGAAAGAAGCAAGGCUGUAGUGACACCCCAAAAGGCCCAUUAUAGCUUCUCACUGCAAUCACUGCCAUGCAAAAUGCAGACCGGUAAGAGCUGGGUUUCAAGUAUACGUGAAGGGAAAUAAAUACUGUAAUGCAUUUGUUCAUCCUGGAGAGAAUCUAUCUGUGUGGUCACUAAGAGUUUACACCAACCUGACGGCACUUAAUCAAUGCAUUUGUGUCACUGGAAACAAAGGACCUCCUUGAUGAUGGCAGUCUCUCACACUGAAGUUAGCAAAUGGUAAUGGCAGUUUUUGUGAAUAUCUUAAUAUGUGAACUUACCCUUAAACACUUACCUGCCCUCCAUUCCAAAAUACAUACCUAUGUAACCAGCCGGGAUUUUUAGUCAUCCACUAUGUAAGCACCAUUGGUUUGAGAGUUUGGAUGCAAGGGGUGGGGGGUGGGGAAGAGAGAAUAAGAGCAUCUUGCUUUUCUCAAAUUCAGGAUUUUCCUGAAUAAAGCAGACAACUUCCUUUGUACUUACUUUUCAACCCUUGUCAGUCUGUUGUGAUCCAGUGAGAUUUAUAUAUAUAUAUAUUUAAAUGCAUCCUAUUUAAUGUGUAUAUACAUUUUUGUUUCUAUAACCCAGGCACUUUUGAAAAGGACUGGGAUGGCAGUGGGUGGGUGUGGAGGGGGAGAGGGAAACCCUAUGAAAUAGCUGUGACCAGCCCCUACUUUGAAACCUAAGCCCCUGUCAGAAUUUUCCAGCAGGUUGAGUAACAGACAACAGUUUGAUCCUUGGGGCAGAUGCAUAUGACAAACUGUGGUUUUAUAGCAGUUUAAUCUUCUUCCAAAGAAUCCUGGGAACUGUAAUUGGCUAAGUAAAGGUGCUGAGAAACAUUUGAAAGAUUCCUGGCCCUCUUCUGUGAACUACAGUUCCCAGGAUUCCUUGGAGGAAAGGAACAACCAUUCUAACACUUGGUCUACAUAUGCAACAGAAUGAAGUAGUAAAAUGUAUGAUACCACUUCAGAAUGCAGGAGUAGGGGGAAAUCAUAUUUUUCAGUGCUCUCCAUUUAAAGGGGGGGGUGGGAGAACCUCUCUGCAAGUAGAAAGUUAGCACUUUCUCCACUUGCGGAAGAGUGGGCUAGCUGAAACCCCUCUGAUGUGGUAAUUUUUUUUUUUAGUUGCAGAGUUCAUUAUGUAGAGGAGCAUUAAAACUACAACACACACACCUUCCCCUUCCCCAGAGAAGUGUCAGUACAGAAUUGAACAGCUGUCUCCCAAUCCCCUAGUUAUGGUUAAGAAAUCCCUGGCAGUAUAUCUAGAUAUCUAGAAGGGGCCAGUUAAACUGUACACAUGCCAGGAAGUUAUGGUUUCAACAUUUCUACCAUAUUAGAAUGUCUGCCUGGGCCAGUUUAGACUUAAUGAAGAGCCAGGAUGUUAUUCUAGCUACAGAUAUUGUCCCUGAGCAUCAGAACACACACUCCCCACUUCCCUGCCUGCACACAAGUCCAACGUAUACCAGUUCUGAUCCUGGUUAGGAACAAGCCAGAACUGCUAAUUACAUUUGAACUGAGCAGAACCUGGCUUAUUCUAGCCAAAGUUUUUUGGGGGGAGAAACAGGAUUUGAACCCAAGACUAACUUGUUCCUAACCAGAGGUGGAAUACUUCCAGUUUUUGCACGGGCAGGGGAUGGGGGAGUGUGUAUUGCCAAAUCUUGGAGAGACCACAAAGCCAGGCUAUGAUUCUUGCUCUGCAUUGUGUGUUCAGCUAGCCCUCUGUUUUCACCCUAAGAAGCAGACUUGCAAAAAAGAAAUUGCUUUCCAAUUUUUAAUUAAAGGGCACAUAUUUCUUUAUAGUGUGUAGUAAUUUUUCCAUUAUUUUCUCACUGUAGCCUGAUAUUCAUAGGACUGAAAGAGGGUGGGGGAAGAAAACCCACCACCCCACACUUCUCCACUCCCUCUCCCCUCAACCUGCUGUAUCCAAAGUUCUUUACAAAGCUGUAGAGGGUUUUCACCUUUUUAAAAGUUAUAUUCAGAAAAUGCUCUUUUUAUAAUUAUUUAUUGUGCAAUGUAUAUACCAUUGAGUUAACUAAGAUUAUAUAUUAUAUAAAUAUAUAAAUAUAUAUAUAUUUGAAGAAAAUAUAUUUCACCUCUUUUUGAUCCUCUUAAGUCAUUAAAGGUAAAGGCACUUAAAGGAAUUGUGUAUUUUUAAAUGUUUGUCUUGCGUUACACCUUGGAAGGGAGGAGGUUAUCGAGUUUUAUGCAAAGCAAGGGCUGUUUGCCAAUGAUUAAUUGGAAGUAAGAGUCAUUACUUGUUCAUGUAGGAAAACAAAACUGAGAAAGCUGCUGUUACAGCUUACAAAGGAGCAGGGGCAAAUCACAGUUAAACAGUUAUGCAAUUCUUUCUAAAUGCCAGGAUUCCCAAGUUGUAAAGACAUCCAGCAGAGAUUCUAAAACCUUUUAAAGGGGGGGAAACCCCAAAUAAUUACAUUAAUUGGAGCAAAAGCAGGUUUGAUGGAAGUUGCUUUGGUUUCCUUAAUUUAACACACAAGCUAUAAAGGGACUUUUGGAUUUCAGAAGGGAAACCUGUGGCCUGAAGCUGGAACCUAGCCUAGGAAGCCAUCUAGUACCAUGUGCACCCAGUUAACUUCUCAGGUGUGGAAACAAGUUAGGAGAUGCAGCAUUGACCUGUGUGACUGGCAGACAGCUGGAAGUCUCUAGAUCAGCCAGGCUUGGUAUAAAAUAAAUACUAGGAACUUGACCUUCAGCCUACUACACUUCAGGUUCCAGCUACUGACCUCAGGGCAUAUGAAGCCACUUUAUACUGAGCCAGAUCAUUGGUCCAUCUAGCUCAGUCUUGUAAAGAUGGCAAGCGCUCUCCGGGGUUUUCAGAGAGAAGUCUUUCCGAGCUCUACCUGGAGAUGCCAGGGACUGAAUCUUAGAACUUCUGCACACAGAACAGUUGUGCUACCACUGAAACUAUGGUCUCUUCCCUCUCUGGACUGGAGAACAUAUCCUCCAGGCCCAGAGAACAUAGCCUUCCCGUCCCUCUCAUUCACUCUUCUCCAGAGGAGAACUGCACAGCUACCCAGCAGCCCAGAACGUCACAUCCACCCAUCAGCUGGCUGCAGAGGAUGGAUGGCGAUGGCCACGCCCAGGUUCAAAGUGGGAUAGCUACCCAGGUCCCAGCAGGCCCUGACACAAGUGUGCCCUGGAGAAUGUCCUCUCAGCACCUCAUUUGCUUUGCUCUCCAAAUACACUUCAGCCCACUUCUCAGUUCAUGAAUCUGAUGAAGGAAGUUUGUGCCUAUGAAACGCCACAGGUCAGUUUAACUUCUAUGGUGAAAACCUUUGAUUGUACAGGCUUCCAAGAUAAGCGGCACAGCUCACUCAGAUGCCACUCAGUUCACAAGACAUCGCUGCAGUUUAAGUAUCUGUGUCUUUUUUUUUUAAUUGCAUCAAUUCGUCUGCAUUUUAGCCAUACAAUCAGUCAAUAUAUAUAUAUAUAUAUUUGUAUUUGUAUCUCUCAAUAUAGCUUUGGACAAAAACCACAAUAAAAAUGUUUACAUCAUUUGAUCCAAGACAUUAAGUUAAAUACAACAUCAUGAGUGUUUGCUUUCACUGAAAGAUGAACGAUUGGGAGAAAAGAAAAAAAGAAGAAUGGAGCCGGGUGGGGCAGAAAAGAGAUGCAGCUGAAAGCAGCCCAGUCACUUGCCCUAGCAAAGGAGGAAUCUCGCAGGUUCACCUGGGAUUCACAAAAUCCUUAAUAUCACUAACCAAAUAAUAAUAAUAAAUAAAUAAUGGGGAAAAC